AUGUCCGCCCGCAUCGUCGCACGGAGGCUCGCUGCCCCGGGACCUUCGCGUCUCGUGCGCUACUCGUCCACCGCCUCGGCCGCCGCUCCUGCCGCCUUUGAGCCUGCUCUCCCGGCCGGCGCCGAACCCGCGUACGACCUGGCCCUCGAGUACCUCAACCAGGACAACGCCGUCCUUCAGAAGCGUCUCGAGACCCUCCGCGCCAAGGCCGCUGCCUCGCCUUCUGAUGAGAUUGCACGCAGGAUAGCUCGUCUCGAGAUUGACGCGUUUGUCAACGACCCCGCUACACGUCGCCUCUUCCGCCAGACUGCUGGCAAGGGCCACAUGGGCCGUGCUGUCAUGCGUUCGCUCGCCGAGCGUGCUUGGCGCAAGGAGGGCGAGCUCGACCUCGUCAUGGAGCGUGUGAUGCAGCUUGGCGUGGUCCCGGACUUGAUUCCCGACCACAAGCCCAAGGCCGCUCUCCGCAUCUCGACUGCCGAGUCCCCCGUCGAGGCUGGCACCAUCCUUUCAUCGUCUGCCUUUGCCGCCCCUCCUACGACCACCGUCCAGCUCUUUGAGCACCCGGCUGAGGCCACUGCUGCCUCCCCUGCUCCCGAGGCCAAGUUUACUCUUCUUGUCAUCGACCCCGACAGCCCCAACCACGAGGCCCUCGCGUUUGCCCAGCGUGUCCACUACGCCAAGACUGACAUUCCCCUCUCGGUCCUCUCCGGCGAGACCAACCUCUUCUCUGCUGCCGGUAACGAGGUUCUCGGCUACGAGGCCCCCGCUCCGGCCCGUGGCUCGGGCAAGCACCGUUACGUCUUCCUCGUUGUCCGCCAGGGCGAGACCCCGGUUGCCGCCACCACCCGCGACAACUUUGACCUCCGCGCCUUCCUCACAGCUUCGAACUUGACCGCCGAGGAUGUCGUUGCCGUCACCCUCUUCCGCUCGCAGUGGACCGAGGCCGACAAUGCCCACAUUGACGCGACCUACCGCGAGCACCGCGGUAUUGCUGCUCCCGAGUACGCCAAGCCCCCCAAGGAGCUCAAGUACGGCUACCCCCUCAGCGCCAAGCAGCAGAAGGUCAACGACAUUCGUGACGCGGCUUGGGACCGCGUCGUGUCGGAGAUUGAGGCGUCGCAGCAGGGUCAGCUCCCUGCCGAGCCCCAGCAGCAGUAG